AUGGAAAUAUCAUUCCCUCUUUACGCUCUUAAGAAUCUAUCUAUACAUGAUGCAUACUACUACUGUUCUGUAUUUUUUUGUAUCGUUUGUGUUCAUGAUUUAUAUGCAGUCGUGGGGAACUCCCUGUCAUCCGAUCCUACGGGUGAUGCUGUCGUGGGGAACCCCCUGUCGUCCGAUCCUACGGGUGAUGCAGUUGGCUUUCAUGAAGUACUGUUCAUUUCGAAGGACAAUGACACUGGCUUUGCUCGGAAGCUACUUGGCAUGGUUGACGACGUGGGCGGAGGCGGAGGUGGAGGUGGUAGUGGUACAACCGUGAAUCGGAUAGGGGGAACAUGCUCAAAGGACAACAUCGCAGUCUUCCAAGGACCAACUUCCCCACUCCCAAACGGCAUCCCAACCUACACGGUCCAAGUCCUCAAUGUCUGCGUCUCGGGUUGUAGCGUGUCUAACAUCCACCUCAGCUGCGGCUGGUUCAGCUCUGCUCGGUUAAUCAACCCUCGACUAUUCAGGCGAAUUUGCUACAACGAUUGCCUUGUCAACAAUGGUGAGGCUCUGGGUCCCGGAGAAAGCCUUUCUUUCCAGUACGCCAACAGCUUUAGCUACCCUCUUUCAGUUUCCUCUGUUGCUUGCUAGUAUGAGCUGUAUAAAUAAUGAGGACAACACUCUGUAGUACAUAAAGUUAGGCUCUUUUAUGAUGGCCAUUGCUUUUCCUGCUGAAAAUGUAGCUUUUGUGAAGGAUUAUGGACCAUAUAUACUUAUAAUUUC